CGAAACGAGAAUUUUGAUACCAAUUUCGAAAAGUUUGGCCCAAGAUUGGGCCGGAUGGACCGAACUGGUUGAACCGGACCCAAAAUGGGCCCAAGGCCCAACCAAACCCAAUCCAUUAAAGAGGCACAGCUUCUUAUUUCCCUUCUUCUUCAUUAUUCACGCUGGGAAACAUUUCUUAGGGGGAAGAAGAACACAAGCAAAAACCUAACCCUCACUUUAAUUUCAAAUCCAUGUAACUUUUGAUCCGGAGCUCCGAUUGACGAACCGUUUGCGACCACGCGUUCACCGUGAUGAGCUCUAUGAAACCCAUGGAACAAUUUGGUUCAAGUUAGCUUCCGGAACUUGUGGGCUCAAGCUAUUGAGCAUAUGGGUAUGAUGCAGGUCGAGAGGCUCCUCGCUAGGCGUCUGGAUUCUGGAAAGCGAAGCAGUUCUUGGGUGUAUUUUGGGUUCUAAUUGUAAAUAUGUAUAUAUAUGUGUAGCUUACUCUCCAAGUAACUUAUGUAUGCUGCUCCUCUUAGAGGUUGAGGGAGAGAUAGGAGUUUACUUUGGUAUUUUGUUAUAUUUUGGGGACACUUAUGUAUGUUUAUAUGUAUAUAUGUAUCCUCCGGCCAGCCUUAGCUUCGCAGGCUGAGUCAGAGGCUAGUUAUGCUGUUCCUUGAGCGUUGCGCUUUUCAUUUUGCGAUUCUUAUUUACCCACUUUGUUUCAAGGCUCCUAGUUAAGUAUCUCUUUUCCUAUUAUUAUAUAUAUAUAAAUUCUAUUUUUAGAGGUCGUAAUAUCUUAUUAUCUCAAUCUUAUGACUUAAGCAUAAGAUUUAGUAUAGUAGGGUGUUACAUUAUGGUAUCAGAGCAGUUCGUUCCUAUAGAGCCUGAGGACGGACUGAUUAUGCCUCAGGGCAUACUCUGGAUGUCUAUACAUGCUAUUUAGGGUAUCUAACUGAUAUACGAGGCAUGAAUGCUCAUGAGCAUGCAUUUGGGACUGUGAAAUACUAAACUAGAGAUAUUGAGACUGAUCACCUUGAUAUCACUUGUUUAGAGUGAACAAAAACCAAAUGGCAUCUCGUAGGCGCCGUCGUAAGCGUAAGCAAGGUCGAGGACGGAGAGCUGAUGAGGUGACUAUACCGGUAGGUAGUUUAAUCGAUAUCGUGACCGCAGUGACGAGUGUUGUUGCUGCCGUUGGCGCUGUUGCUGUCGCGACCAUCCGAGUAAUGGAUGGGAUGCAACCACAAGCUGGAACUGGCAACAAUGAUGAUAAUGAAUAUGAAGGUGGACAUAAUGCUCCGAAUACAAGGGUACCACCGAGUUAUCUGGAGCAGGUUAACGUUGGUCAGGCAACGGGAGAAAGCUCAAGGAGGGCUGAGGUAGCAAGAAGUGAUCACCGAGAACCCUUCACAAAGAAAAAGGGAAAGAUUACACCGAGGAGCCAAACUUUCAAAAAGAAUCGCUUUGUCACUUCACAUUCUCAGCGCCGGAACAAUGACCGAAGGAACGAUAAUCGUUCGGACCCGAAUUCAGAAGGGCAAACUAGUGCUCAACCGGGUGACUUAAGGUGCUCAAGUUGCAAGAGGUACCAUCCAAACAGACCAUGCAGGGCAGGAUUAGGUGUAUGUUAUAAGUACGGGAGGUCAGGGCAUAUGUCUUGGAAUUGUUCGUACAGAGGAAGCUGGGAUGCAACCGAACCCGAUUUUCAAACGCGAGGUAAUUAUGAACCAACAGUUGAAUUUUUAAUUUCCUUGCCUACCAUUGAUAUGUAAUAUUCCUUCGUGACGCAUGACGAGUUUCAGUAAU